ACAGUGUUGAAGAAAGUCCUUCAAAACAUUUGGCAAAGGAAAUUGAAAAAGAUCCUAGUAACCCUUUUGUUGCAUUUGGAUUACCAAGUAAGAAUGACUCAGAUGAACCUUAUUGUUCCAGUUCAGAUGAAUCAAGUGAUGACUACUAUCUUGAACUAAAUGAAAAGGAAUAUAUUUAUGAAUGGUUUACAGGACAAGGAGUCAAAGAAUCUACAUUAAGUGAUGGUGCAAAUAAGGAAAUGAUUGAACUUGAAUCAUUAAAAAUCAUUUUUGAAAACAUUAGAAAUGAAUUUAUUCCCUACCAAUUAUCUAAUAAUGAUAUUGUACGAUAUUAUACAAUAGCAAAGACUGCAAAUCAAAAUUUUCAAAACUGUAAGCCAUUGCUAAGAAAAUGGCAAAAAUAA